AUGACCAUUUUGUCUCGACGUGGUGAUCUCAACGACUCUUUUGAUCCUACCUUCGUGACAGAGCAGCGCGAAGAGGUCGUGCAAGAUGUCUGGAACAUCGCAACAUACCGGAUGUUCCCUCUUCUACUAGAAAGCAUGCUUUAUGCGUUGUAUGUCGCGCUCAUGAUCUUCUACUGUCUGCGAUUCUACAUGAAACACACCCAACGUGUCUGGUGGAUCCUCGUCAUAUCCUUUGUCCUAUUCGUGCUCUCAACGGUGACGUGGGCUCUUGACGUGUCCGUGCUUUGGCUGGAGAUGUAUCGGCUCCUUCCGAGCCGGUUAUCGUCAACUGUUCCAGAGAUCUCGGCCGGCUUGGCUAUCGAGAAGCUGGACGGUGGUAUCAAGACCGCACACGACGCCUGCGAAGUGAUCACUAUCUUCAUGAGCGACAUUGUAGCUCUUUGGAGAGCCUACCUAAUAUAUGGGAAACCACGCUGGCUCAAGGUCGUCUCUAUCAUCGCAAUCACUCUAUCUACUGCUCUAUACAUACUAAACGAGAUGAUGAUCUUUGGCAGAUACGGCGGUGAAAGCGACAGUCCAUCUCCUGCAUUCUGGAUACGAUACUGGGAGAUUGACGGAGGAAAGUUGGCCUUGAUCGUGCAGGCCACAACUUUGUCAACGACAGCUUGUGCCCAGCUACUCGCAACUAUUCUGCUUGCAUGGAAGGCGUGGAUACAUCGGCGGCAGCUGAACGACCUGCUUCCGAACCGGCGAAGCUCAUCUAAGCAUCAGCGACCAGGGGCAAUACUAUAUGUCAUAAUUGAGACAGGUGCUGCUUAUACGUUUCUUCGCGUGCUAUACGUAUAUGCAAAUUACGUUGGGGCAAUCGAAACCGGCAACGAAUCAGCAUUGAUUGCAUUCUACUGGGCGACAGCCAUAAUGUGCCAGAUAUCGGGGAUGUAUCCUACCCUCAUCAUAUUUCUUGUGUCCUUGCGGGAGUCAUUGGUUGAGCGCAGUGUCGCGAGCCAGUCCGCCCAUGCCAUCACCUCGAUACGUUUUGCCCCUUCAGGUGCCGACGACAGCCACGAAGACGCAUCGCAUAAUCGGAUCCUUGAUACAUUCGUUGAAGUGGAUGAAGUGGAUAAGAAACCGGGAGGUUUGCAGGGGAUACUGGAGUGA